UCAUCUGGCAAGGACAGUGGGGCUCCGAAUCUAAAAGGCACCGACAGUGGGCACCGGGUCAUCAUGGGUACCGGAUUGUCUGGCUCGACAGAGGGGCAUCUGGGUCAUCCCAGGGCAUCAGGCUGUGGGCACCGGGGUCCAACCAGGCAUUGGAUCGUCUGGCUCGACAGCGGGCAUCGGGUGUCACCAGGUAUGACAGCGGGCACUGGGUCACCAGGCAUCAGGUCAUUUGGCAUCGCAAGCGGGCACCGCGUCAUCUGGCAAGGCGAGUGGGCACCGAAGUCACCAGGUACGGACAGCGGGCUUGUGAGUCAAUUGGCACGACAGCGAGCACCGGAUCAUUCUGGAUCAAACAGCGUGGCAUCGAGUCAACUGGCCUAAUAGGAUCAUCAGGCUGGAUAAGUUCAUCAUUUGCUGGGUAGA